AUGCCUAUCAAAGCUGCCAUGGAACCCCAUCCAAAGGUAACGCUUCAGGUUGGCCGGGAGAAAGAGGCCCACUUGAGCUCCGGUCUCUGUGGCUCUGGCCAGUACAUUGCUCCUGAGGAGUACACCGAGAAAGAAUUUUAUUCUUCCGUUGCGGACGUAUGGGUAACUGAAUUGAUUUAUAUGGCCAUGCGCACUGGUCAAUCUCCGUGGGGGGUCUCUGGCCAAGAUGAUCAGUUUCAUAAGCAGUAUCCAGAGCGUAGGCAUAAGAGGGGAUAUUCACCAAUAGAGAGACUACAUCAGGCCUCCUGCCGCAACGUGAUCUAUGCCAUCCUGGACCCAGACCCGUCACGUCGCAUCACUGCUUCACAAAUACUCAAAACUGAGUGGGUACGUCAAAUCAAGCUAUGUGCUGCUGGAGAGGAAGGGCUUUAG